AGAGCGAUAACCUUUCGCUGCCGUUACUCUGAUGGGAAAUGUAGUUUUUCUCACCACAAUGCAGAGUCGCCGCUCUGUGCGUCAUCAGUCGGUCAUGUAGCUAGCUAGCAACAAGACAUCGCAACGGAGAGAGCUUGGGAUGGCGGGGGAGAGGAGCGAAGAGGACACAGUUUCAGAGUACCUGGACCAGAACCCGCAGCUGGCCCAGUGGGUCGAGACGUUCAGGGGCUACUGCGAGACCAACAAACAGUGGUGUGCCCGGAGAGAGUUCAUCCUGAGAAACAUGGAGGCUUUUCCCACCGUGGAGCCGGGGAUGAGCAGCAGCAGCAGCAGCAGCAACAACAGUCUGGACAGGCUCCUGUCUCUGUCCAUGGUGUGGGCUAAUCACAUUUUCCUCGGCUGCAGCUAUCCGCAGGCUGUAAUGGAGAAGAUUAAUGAGAUGGGCGAGGGGAUAGUUGUCCCAGAUGCUCCAGUUCACAAAACCUUAAAAGAACUCAUGGCCAGAGGAAAGCGAAGUGCCACAUCAGAGGGCGACGCCGACGGCUGUGUGAAAAGAGCCAAAUGCGGCGGGGCUAACGAGGCCGACUGUCGACCCCCCGGGAGGACGUCCGCCUGGUCCGCCGGUCAGAAGUGGGGCCCCCCUCCGCAGGCCCCCGCCGACCACCAGCCCUUCUUCAACCGCCUCUACAAGGCCGUGGCGUGGAAGCUGGUGUCGGCGGGCGGCUUCGGGCCCAACCUGGACCACUUCGAGAUCCUGCGCAGCUGCGUGGAGUCCUGUAAACAGACCCUGACGUGCGUGUUCGUGCCGCUGAAGGACAUCACGGGCCUCCCCGAGGGCCGCACGCAGAAGGAAGGCCACGUGUGCGAGAUCCGCUGUCAGACUGUCUACAUGGGCACGGGCUACGGCCGCGACGAGUCCGCCGCCAAGGCCAUGGCUUCCAAGGAAGCCCUGAAAGUGUUUCAGGGGCGGAAAGUGACUGUGAAGAUCUGCAGGCGGAGGUACAAAGGGAGAGAUGUGGAGGAUUUGGUGCUGCUGGACGAGCAGCCUCGGAGUCAGGGCUUCCCUCCUGCGCUCAGCUACCCUUUCCAGGACGAGGAGCUGGGAGACGGUUCUUCGUAGAGACGAAGGCGACGGUGACUCGCUUUCAUUCGAUGGAACUACUGAAGGCGUUCAGGACUGUGUCGGGACCAGACUGUUAUGCAGCUGACCAUCAUUGCUGAAGCUGAAAUUCAUAAUUAACCAUCAUGAUGCACUUCUCACAGUACGUUAAUAUCAUAAUACAGAUGAUACAACGGGGCAAAAAAAUCUCCAAAAGACGGGAAAACGUGGUCCUAGAUGUGCAAAAGAAACUCACUCCUGUAUUAACAUUUUCAGUUAAAGUGUGCAGAGAUCGUGCCAACGUUUAAAAGUAAAACUACAAACAUAUUGAAUUAUUUUGAUGUUUGUUCCAUUAAUAUAAAGAGUCUCCUGACUGUCGCCUGAAAACCUCCUUCAUUCCUGUCGUGAUCUCGAUGGGACUGUGGUCACAGCUACAGUUGGAUUUAUUUUGUCCAGACUCUACUAAAAGUGAUUUGUUUUAGAUUCUAACUGACGACUUAAAGUCACCGAUAACUUGGUUAGUCAGAACUGAGUCAGGUUUUUUUAAUAAUCUGUAUCGUCUCUGCUGAUUUGAGAGCAUAAAAAUAGCAGCAACACGAAGAACUAAACACAGAUAAUAUUCUGUCAUUUAAUUUUUCUCAACUUUUUCAAUUUAUACCUGAUAAUCCUUAAAUGUCACCAUUUAUUUUUCUGUCUGAAGUUAUACGGUGCCACUUCGUUCUUUCUUAGCCAUAAAAAAAAAGUUUUAAAGUUUA